AUGGACAUCCGAUCAGAGUACUACAAGGCGGAGGGCGAGGCCAUUGUCAUGAAUCGAUUCUACGACGUCGUAAGGAAGCACGGCAUUGCCUCCAGCUGGGUUGGUGGAUAUGUCUUAGCUGAAACGUGUCCUCGACGGACGUUGCAAGCACUGGCCGACGACGACUUGUUCACUAUUGAAGAGCAGAGGAAUUUUGUCUGGCCAGUGGUCAAGCACAUGGCUGAGUUGCAAAUCUUCGCAAAGAAAGCAGAGGACAUCGAGCGGAUCCAUGUUCAUCACACCUUCCACUACAUCAUCCAGACCAUCAAAGAACGUUUUCCAGAAUUACGAGCCUACCCCAGCCACGAAUCGGUCGGACCAAAGAAGAAGCUGAUCUGCUUUGUGGAUGGAUGGCGUCUUGAAGACGCUGAGGAAGAGAUGACAGUAGAACAGCCAAACAUCGGCAAGCAACCCAAAGCAAAGGCCUUGUUAUCCAAGGGGUUUUCAUCGACGGACCAGGCACGAGUUGAAGGCAAGUUGUUCACAAGCAAGAACAGCACUCCACCAGCUCGAACCAACGGCAGUGGUACCUUAGCUCAACCCAAAAAGGAGACCCUGCCUAAACCUGCUGCGCUGUCUAGCAAGCCCGAAACUAUGACCGAUGCUUUUCUUCCAUCUGUCCUUGACCUUCCAACCUCUCCUCUCAAAUGCGAUACUGUCCUCACGACUGUGAAUGCAGAUGACGAGUCGAUUGCGGAGCUUGUCGAUGCCGAAACGGAUAGCGCUACCGAUCCCUUCACAUUCGUAACAAAAGCUUUUGCCAAAAUUGCCUCGAAGACGACUAUGCCCACGAACGCCGCUGCAACAACUAACGAUGAUGACGAAUACGAUGAUUGGGUUGAGGUGAAGAAGGAUGAUUGUCUGGAGAUUUGA